AGAGAACAUGCUGUCAUGAAUAUAUAAUUUCACUCCAGUACGGAAACUGGAGUGUUUAUAUAAAUGUGUGCUAUGUCACCGCCGAGCUGGAUGUAACGUAUUUGUUUGUGGGUUGUGUGAACGUCCAGUUGUGUACCCUAUGCAUUGCCCCACCCCCGGGAAUUAUUAUACCAUGGACUACUGGAAGUCACGUGAUAUAUGUGAAUGAAGCCAUGUGCAAGAUAACUUUACCUGAGCCAUGAGCCGCUCUUGCCACACUACGAACCCGGAUGUUGAUUGCUGCUGAUCUUGCCAACAUGCAUGACAAAGACACUAUGGCUGCUAUACACGGAACCCGAAUCUCGCCGCUCCAGGACUUCGGGACCACGUCGGUCAUAAAAAGUACUAUCAAACCCCAUGUCAAACCCGUCACUACGGCAGAGGACAGCUAUGGCGAAGAAAUGGACGACGAUGAUUUCAGUGAUCACGAUUCGCACUAUUCUGAAGACUUCAUAGAUGACGAAUUUAUGCACGUGAUCACUGAAGAACCGCCGGACGUGACACAGCGUCUGCUCAGUUUUGCGGAAAUGGUGAACACAGACAUUCAAAAAUAUUUUGGUAAGAAAAAGGACGAGGAUUCGUGUGAUAUAUAUGAGGAUAAGUGGGUAACGACCAAGUCUGGUCGUGAACUGUACUACGCCGACCUUUUGAGGAUAGCUCAGGGGGAAAAUGUGGAUAGUAAAUCGUCUGUGUCCCCUAAACUCGAAUCUCAGGGCAAACAAAAGUUCACAGGCAAAAUGGACGCCAAAAUUGGUUUAGGCCCACUUAAUGAUUUAUUUGAGUAUGGACUCAGACAGUUUUUAGUUGAAGGAAAAUUAAAAGCGAAGAGACUGAAACGAAUGAAACAGGAUACAAAAAGGAUGGAGGAGGUUAUGCCAAUGAAUCAACGGAAGCUGCCAGAUUCAUUUUGGCGGGAACCCGGGGCGGAUCGUCACGCCGCUGAUACACGUGUUAAUAAUGGCGGGAAUUUGCUUAACUCUUCCCAUCCACCCGACUUUAGUGACCUUCUCCAGAGUUGGACGGGUGUAGGGCACGUGAAUGACUUUGGAGGAGACAUCUCCUCUAGUGAAAUGAGUGUGACGUCAUCGGAAUCUCUCUGACAAAUAAAUAUAACAACAAAAUAAUGGAAAACCAUUAAUUAUGUUAUAUCCCAAAUCCGAAAAUACACCGAGACCACUUAAAAUGGCGAUAACAUUACAAAAUCAAAAGCCGAAACAGUAAAAUAUCAGUCCACGCUUUGAUUUAGAAAUGUCGGUAAUUUAUAAUGCAAGACGCAUUCUUAUUAUUUUGUAUUACUCACGGAAGUGCUGCUAACAUCCAAUCUCGAUAUCGAGACACAAAUGAUUGUUCUUGGCUUUGACCAGAAUCAUCGCAACAGGAUGUUAACAAUCAAAACGGAAGUAUUCAUAUUAUGAUUUCCGAUUCAGACCGGAAGCUGGAAAAACAGGGUAUUUUUGGUGUGAGUGCAAUGUCUCAUUUCCAUUGAUUCAUGCAGUUCCAUGUACAUUGUAUAUGCAAAUGUAGGUAAUUUUAGUUCCAUAUAUCACAAGCUCAAAUAUGCUUCUCGCUGUACCAUUUCAUUGUUGUGUAUCGCAGAAUUAUAUAACAUGUCAAUACAAACUGAUAUUUAGACAAUUCC